AUGGGCUGGAUGCCGGGCGACGCCGAGUAUCGGGUUGCUGGGGUAUCAUCGUACAUCUGCCACACCCGAAGACACUCUCGUACUGUUCCGGCCGCGGUGGAAAAUAUUCGUACACGCGAUGGACUAACGGAGAUAAUGGUGCAUUCGGCAUCACUUAAGACAACCGUAGUAAUCAGUCAUUCGGCUUUCAACAAGAAUUAUAUUUUCACCUGCGCAAGAGGCAAUCGUACGGCCGCCAGCAUAAAUAAUCGUACGGCCGCCAACAUAAACACUUUUACGGUCGCCAACAUAAACUAUCGUACGGCCGCCAGCAUAAACAAUCGUACGGCCGCCAGCAUAAAUAAUCGUACGGCCGCCAACAUAAACACUUUUACGGUCGCCAACAUAAACUAUCGUACGGCCGCCAGCAUAAACAAUCGUACGGCCGCCAGCAUAAACAAUCGUACGGCCGCCAGCAUAAACAAUCGUACGGCCGCCAGCAUUAGCGAUCGUACGGCCGCCAGCAUAAACGAUCGUACAGCCGCCAGCAUAAGCGAUCGUACGGCCGCCAGCAUAAGCGAUCGUACAGCCGCCAGCAUAAGCGAUCGUACGGCCGCCAGCAUAAGCGAUCGUUCGGCCGCCAGCAUAAGCGAUCGUACAGCCGCCAGCAUAAGCGAUCGUACGGCCGCCAGCAUAAGCGAUCGUACAGCCGCCAGCAUAAGCGAUCGUACGGCCGCCAGCAUAAGCGAUCGUUCGGCCGCCAGCAUAAGCGAUCCCAACAUAAACAAUCGUACGGCCGCCAGCAUAAACAAUCGUACAGCCGCCAGCAUAAACAAUCGUACAGCCAACAUAAACAAUCGUACGGCCGCCAACAUAAACAAUCGUACGGCCGCCAACAUAAACAAUCGUACGGCCGCCAACAUAAACAAUCGUACGGCCGCCAGCAUAAACAAUCGUACGGCCGCCAGCAUAAACAAUCGUACGGCCGCCAGCAUAAACAAUCGUACAGCCGCCAGCAUAAACAAUCGUACAGCCAACAUAAACAAUCGUACAGCCAACAUAAACAAUCGUACGGCCGCCAACAUAAACAAUCGUACGGCCGCCAACAUAAACAAUCGUACGGCCGCCAACAUAAACAAUCGUACGGCCGCCAGCAUAAACAAUCGUACGGCCGCCAGCAUAAACAAUCGUACGGCCGCCAGCAUAAACAAUCGUACAGCCGCCAGCAUAAACAAUCGUACAGCCAACAUAAACAAUCGUACAGCCAACAUAAACAAUCGUACGGCCGCCAACAUAAACAAUCGUACGGCCGCCAACAUAAACAAUCGUACGGCCGCCAACAUAAACAAUCGUACGGCCGCCAGCAUAAACAAUCGUACGGCCGCCAGCAUAAACAAUCGUACGGCCGCCAGCAUAAACAAUCGUACAGCCGCCAGCAUAAACAAUCGUACAGCCAACAUAAACAAUCGUACAGCCAACAUAAACAAUCGUACGGCCGCCAACAUAAACAAUCGUACGGCCGCCAGCAUAAACAAUCGUACGGCCGCCAGCAUAAACAAUCGUACGGCCGCCAGCAUAAACAAUCGUACGGCCGCCAGCAUAAACAAUCGCACAGCCAUCAUGGCCACAGAGGCGCAAUGGUCUGGCUGGCAGCAAUUAUUGGCUACUGAAUAA